AUGAACGUACCCAUUUGCAUUGAGAUCCUCUGGAUUUACAUUUUGAGUGCAGCUUAUGCCAAUUCGACAACAAGACCCCCCGACGUCUCUUCCGUCAUCGAUUUCAGGGCCCGGCUGUGGAACUUGCAUGGAGCACAGAACUUCUACCCGUGCGCCCUCAAACGAAGUGCACCGGAUGUGGAGGAUCUGGAUAUGAUUGAAUGUGACCAGAAGGCCAGCCAAGUGAUGGGAAACGUCAUUCCUACCAUCUACCCUGACACCAAGGUGGUUCGUGAGAUCCGGAUCAGCAUUGAGGCAGGCCUGACGUUCAUACCGGCGAAGGCCUUCCAGCACGUAGGUCACAGCCUCCAUACUCUCACAAUCAAUGGUGGUCGGUUGCGCCGUAUUCGAAAGGGCGCAUUUAUUGGCCUAACACAGCUUCGGAAGCUCAACAUCACGGACUCGAUAGGCGAGAAGGCCUCGAAAGGGAUUGCGCACCGCCUGUUCGGCAGAGAGAGCGAGCUGGCAACGUUGACCAAUCUUCGUGAACUCAUUCUUCAAAACGUCGAUUUGUCUGAUGGUCUGGGGGAGAGAGCCUUCGCUGGAAUUAGCGGUCAUCUGGAGGACGUGCGUCUUGUGAACAAUAGACUCCGCUCUAUCAACGAAACAGCUUUUGAAGGGUGUCCAUGCACAAACUCCAUCAAGCGUUUCGCAAUAGAGCAACAGCCUCCCAACGGUGACUGGAUUAAGAGUCUGAGAAACUGGACUAAGGAUCUUCAGGCCCUCGAAGAAAUCUCUCUGACUGGCAAUGAUCUAUCUACUACAAAGGAAUUAAAUUUCGGGGAGACUGUCGGCAAGAGUGUACGAGUGCUCCGCAUUGAAAAUUGCUCACUCACUUCGAUUGGGCCUCACGGUGGCCUCAGGUUGGAAAGUCUCGGUGAACGGCUACGCGAAAUAUAUGUUGGAUGGAAUCACUUCGAUGUGACCAGCGAUACCUCAAAAGACGCACUCAUUGGAUUAGCUCGAUUCGACCAACUGGAGCUUAUCAGUUUCGCAAAUAACCGAGGUAAAAUGAAUCGCCUUCCGGACUGGUUGGGCAACACAACAAUAAAAACCCUUGAUUUGUCACACAGUAAUCUCCAGCGGAUUGGGCCAGGAGACUUACCAAGAGGCCUAAGGACGCUGAAGUUACAGGCUUGCACCCUCAAAGAACUCAAGCUAAUGUGGAGCCAAGACAUGGUGGGACUGCUAGAACUUUUUCUAGAUGAAACUACCCUUAAGGAUAUAACAAUAGGCAACGCUUCGGGUGACUGGACUACUGCUUUAAAACCUCUGGCAGGCACCUUGCAAACCCUAAGUCUCAAAAAUUGCGAACUCAUUAGUGCCGGUUUCAUGUCGGACGCAACAGAUUUCGAAGUGGCCAGAAUGCGAAUAGGCCUGCUUGGAUUUUCUGACUUGCGUAAAGUGGUAAUUUCAAGGAAUUAUCUCACCCAUAUCCCCAGUGGAACGUUUAAAUCUGCCCAGCGACUACAGGAGCUUCAUGUGAGAGAUAACCUUCUCCAGAGCAUUGCAGACCCCAACUGGAGUGGCGUGUAUGAUCCGAACAAUGGAGACGAUGGGCGAAUGCGGUUAGUUGAUCUGACCAAUAACGCUAUCACAACACUAGACCGGUGUGCUGCGGCGUUGGGGGUAAACAGACCCCUGGAGGAGUUGCUACCCCUGACAUGGGAAGACCCAGUUGAAAGAAGAGCCACAGGCUUGAGACUGAUGGGAAAUCCGCUUAUAUGUGAUUGCCGUCUGCGAUGGCUAAGCGACUACGCCAGAAGUGUGAUGAUUGGUAAUACCUACGAGAGGAGCCGAGCGGUCGCCCACAGCCUUAACUUCACGUGCAUUGGGCCGGGUCGAUGGGCCGGUCGGCGCUUCCUGCAGUUAACACCAACAAUGCUACAACAGGAGAUGCAUCCUGACUGCCAUCUACGCAGUGACAUCUAUGGGGAGAUAUCGCAACCGAAUUGUCGAUCCUUGCCUCCACUUAAACAACCUGAGGCGCCUGUGGACGCCGAAGAGGCAGAGGACGCCGCAUCGGGAUCUGGCUACAUCUUUCGACCAGUUCGCGUUUUCGGUUAUGAUGCGGAGGAACACAAGCUCUGGCUGGCUGUGCGUCCGGACAACCUUAAAAGGGCCUGGAAAAGCAUCAUGAGACGGCGAAGCCAAAUAGACCCCGUCGGAGCCGCCUACUUAGAGCAGAUUCUGCCCAUCGCUAGGAUAGCUCAUCUGCCACCACAGACGAUCAUGCGCAUCAAAGAGGAUUAUGCCGUCUUUCGACUCUUGUUCUGGCCCGUGGGACAGCAGGAGGCAGGUGUACGUGGACCCCUUACCUGGCACGUGACGGAAAAAGGUGCCGGUAAACGGGAAUACAUCUUUUCAGCUCAGCCGGUAUUCAGUAACAGUGCUUAUACAGUGUGUCUGCGAGAUGCGUUGGCCAUGAAGACCUCUGUGCAGUCUACCAUUUGCCAAAUUUUUCAGCCAAGCGAAAUUCUCGGAAAGAUCAAGGUGCCCACAGAGGAGAAGGAGGAGGGUGCAUUUAACGGCGGCAACAUAUCUGCAGUUUGGUUGUGGGCGGCGGCGAUAACAGUGUCCUGCCUGCUGCUGCUGAUCGUUCUUCUGCUUUUAGUAAUCUGUUUAUACAGGAGGAGGACGAAGAAGAGGGUGAAAAGACGACUGCAAACAUCAUCAGCAGUCCUUCGGGAGCCAAAACACCGAUUUUCCUCGAGUAGCGCUGCCUGGGUUACAGAUUCCAUCUACGCCAAAAUACAUGGCAGUCCGGCUGAAGAGUCACUACUGCGGGAUGGCGUGAAACUCCCGGUGAGCAACGAUGACGAUGGUCUGUACGAGCGGCUGGAGGACUUUAAUGCCGGAAACGACCACAUCAGAGGUGCACAGCGUUGCAUUGGAAGCCCAUCAAUGAGCGAGCGCUCCAUGCCAAACUUGAACUGUGUGGACGGCUAUGGCGCAAACGAGGCCUCUAUUUCAGCCAAACAAGUGAACACCGAAAAGCGAAGGAGAGCAUCGAGCAAUCUACCAGAGCUGCCCCGUCGCACACCCAAACCAGAUACUCGCAUCCGGUUUAGGGGUUUCGGGGUGACCGCGACACUAGCUCCCGCAGGGCCCAGUUCUGCGUCAACAGGAGACCUUUACCACAGUGGAGGUGGUACACCACGACCAGGGUGCUCAUCCCGCCGGUUCAUCCAAAAUAAUCCGAAAUCGACUACUUCGGGGUGGAGAACCUCUUUGACGCAGAAGAUCCGUCGAAGCCUUGGAGAGUCCGGUCUAGGGACACGAAAGGGAACAGGAGCGAGUCGAAAAAGCAAAAGUCCCUCGCCCCCAGACCCAAGAGUGAGCGAGAUUAUAAGUAAUGACUGCUUUUCACGUUCACCAAAGUGUACUAUCCCCAGUCCCAAAUUGCCCCCACCCUUUGCCCUGCUGGCAUCCGAGAAGAACAAGUCGGGUUCUUCCACGGAGAACAUCAGCACCCCUGGCGCGAAAAUCGGUGACGAGGAUGGCUACCUGUCAAUGCAGCUGCCUGAUACGCCGAGUGCUCUCCAAAUGGCACAAAAGCAACAGCGUGUAGAUGCAUACCUGAUAGGGGCAGGCGAAGCUCAGCUCACAGACUCUUACAUACUUUGUGGCCCCGAGGUCGGCGACUUUAUGCGGUCAUGCACCACGGGAAGAUCUGAAGAAGCCACCGUUGGCAAGCAGACAGAAGCACAGUUACCGCGACAGCCACCCCUAACUGCGAAAGCGACGAAGCUUUACAGCCCUGCAUGUUCUAUAAGAAGACCAAUUUUGAUGAAUGCAUCGGAGAAAACUGCACCACUGUGUUUACCUGAGGUCGAUUCUCCCAUCGAAAACUGCGACAGUUCUUCGUGA